AUGGCCUCGAUUCUGCGACAGAUUGUGGCCGGGCCAAGGGUGAGACAUCCCAAGGCACAGCUGGACCUGUGCUAUGUCACCGAGUUUAUAAUAGUCACGUGCGUCGUCUCCCCUCCCCUCCCCUGCCAUGCACGUCUCGCCUCGCCUCGCCAACGCCGUCGUGACGUCGACGUGCCCGUGGGCCCUGUUCCGCUAACGCGAUGGAAAUCAUCUAGAUCUGGGCCCUCCCAGACGUGGCCGCGCGUGGCGUACCGCAACCCGCUCGACAGGCUCAAGGCCUUCCUGGAGGACGAGCACGGCGACGACUGGGCGAUAUGGGAGUUCCGCGCCGAGGGCACGGGGUACCCCGACGACGCUGUCUACGGCAGAGUGCGCCAUUACCCGUGGCCGGACCACCAGCCCCCGCCGUUUCGGCUGGUGCCCAUGAUCUUGGCGAGCAUGAGGAACUGGCUGCACGGCGGGGACUUGGACGUGCAGCCGUCUUCGUCUUCGUCUUCGGGGCCGUCGCCGUCGCCGUCGCCGUCGCCGGGGCACGACUCCGCCAAGGCUGCCCCUGCCCCGUCCGGGGGGCGGCACGGCAAAAGAGUCGUCGUCGUCCACUGCAAGGCCGGCAAGGGCCGCUCGGGAACCAUAUCCUGCAGCUACCUCAUCUCGGAGGAGGGCUGGACGGCAAAGGACGCCAUGGCGCGCUUUACCCAGCGGCGAAUGAAGCCGGGCUUUGGGCCGGGCGUGUCGAUCCCCUCGCAGCUGCGAUGGGUGAGCUACGUGGAUCGCUGGACGCGCCACGGCAAGCGGUACGUCGAUCGGCCCGUUGAGAUUGUGGAAAUCCACGUAUGGGGCCUGCGGAGCGGCGUCAAGAUUGGCGUGAAUGGCUUCGUGAGGGACGGCAAGGAGGUCCGCGAGUUUCACGCCUUCAGCGCCAGGGAGAGGGUGGUUGUGGAGCCGGGCGAGCCGCCGAGGAGCGGCUUCGUCGACGUGGUUCGGGAUUUGGCAGGAUACUCGGUCGGCGCCGCGGACAAGGUGCCCGAGCAGGUGGAACUGGCUGACGAGGCGAAUUCCGCGGGUGUCGAGAGGAAAACUGCUGGCGAGACAAGCGGCGACGAGGCCAAGGGGGGCAAGACGAAGGGCAAGCUGGGCCGCAAGGGGGCGCAGCUGAUUCAAAAGGUGCAGUUGAACCUUGGGGACGGCAUCGAAAAGGCCAAGUCUAAGACCGGUAGCGGCAGCAGCAGCAGCAGCAGCAACCUUGCGUUGGAGGGUGCAGCCGGCGCGUCGUCUUCCGACGACGAGCUGCCGGGUGGUUUGGAGGUGGUGUUUAAGCCAGCGCAGCCGAUUCGCGUACCGAAUAGCGACGUGAAUGUCGCUCUGGAGCAGCGGAGUCGCACUCACAAGAGGUUGAAUUGGACUAUGGUAUCGGCCGUCGCGCACGUGUGGUUCAACGUCUUCUUUGAAGGCCGAGGCCCCGAGCAGCAGGGACAGGCAGAUGACAGCGGCGUGUUCACGAUAGCGUGGGAGGCAAUGGACGGCUUCAAGGGCUCAUCGAGGAAGGGAUGGAGGGCGCUGGAUAAGAUGAGCGUCGUGUGGAGGGUGGCUGGCGAUGCCGGCGCGGGGGGCGAGGAGAUUGUCGAGCCAGGGGAGGGAGAGCCCGUGCCGCAGGUUGCGGCCGCGGACUGGAGGGGAGCACCGGGCGGGGAGGGCGGUAAGAGUGAGAGGGAUUUGGGGCUGAGGGUGCAGACGCAGGCGAGCGCUGAUGUGAGUUGUGCGAGCAGUCUGAGGAGCGUGGAGCGGUCGAAUGAUGGCCAUGGUCUCGGCGACGGCGACGGCGACGGCGGCGGGAGCGGGAGCUGUGAUACAGACGACUUGGAGGGCUUGAGAUCUGCGGGGCCCGGGGGUGAGGAUUUGGUGCCAGACGAGGAACCCGGGAAGAAGUAG